GACGUGCCUGAGGUUUAUCCAGACACUGGGGAGAGGAUGGAGGACUUUUUGAGGCGAGCAGCCAAGGGACCUGUAGGGGAGGGUUCUUCCAAGAGGAAGGAAGGUGGAACAGAUCCGGCCGCCGCCCCAGCUGGGAAGAGGCUUCGCCAGCAGAAGGUCACUGACGUCUACGGUGGCGAGUGGGUUGCUCGGCACAAGAAGGCAUUCCUUCGCUGGCUCUAUUCUAGCAGGGCGGUGGAGACCCACCGUGAGGAGCUGGCGGAGGAGUUGGAGGAGGUGAGGCAGCCAUUCUGGAUCACUGGUGCCACCCUCCUCUCUGACGGGAGGAAAUCACGAGACGGGAGACCGAUCGUGAAUUUCCUUGCCGCCGGCUCGCGAGGGGUCGUCGUGUACACGACGAUCAAUCGCAAGGGGGAGACGGACGAUAUAGUGCACGUCCUUCGGAGAUGGGUGACCAUCUUCCACGAGUUUAGUUUCGGCGGUCCGCAGCGGGUCAAUGCGAUAUGCACAGACUCCGCAUCCGCGGAGACGAUUGAGUGCACGUCCUGGUGGUCUCAGUACGGGUCUGGCGCACUUGAGUUCCAGCGCUGCACUCUUCGUGUGAUGCACAUGUGGUCUUGCGCCUCUCAAGCGGAGAGGAACUGGGCAGUCCACGAGGGCAUUCACACGAAGAAGCGCAACCAGUUGGCCUUUGAGGAGGUCGUUCAGCUCGUUGAGAUCACCGUGAAUGUGUGGUUGUCGGAGUAUCGGCGGGAUGGGUACGGUUAUGUGUUGCCAUGGCAGCGGGACGAGGGCAUGCUAGACAACCAGGCCGGACUGGAGUUGGAGCCAGUGCGCACGGGCACGCGAAGGGGGAUGACGCCGGAGGAGAUUGCCCGUCAGGUUGCGCUUAUCACCCGGGAUCCCAUCGGGGUCUCCGCACCACCCGCCGCUGAGGCCGUAUUCGGUAGACGUGCUUCCAUUUUCCGUCCUUACCCCAGGGAGGAUGAUUCCGACGAGGAGCCGGUACCCGAGGCAGCGGACCACCCCGCGCUCCGCAUUCCCCUUGAGAUCGACGAGACGCACGAGGAUCCCGAGGAGGAGACCAGAGCGCAUACUACACGAUGGGCGGCGGACAGGGCGAAGAGGGAGAUGAUGGGGGGAGAGGAGUUAUGGGGACCGUUCGGGGAGGUCGCUUCCACGGGCGGCACAGGAGCGCGGGCGACGAGCCCCGCUCCGACGAGGCGGGAGUCGUCCGUGCCGCCACCUUCUGCUCCGAGUCCUGCACCGCCAUCGCCCGUCGCGCCAUAUGAGCCGACCACAACAGCAGAGGACACGGAGGAGUUGGCGUCCUCUUUGCCUCAGCGCGGACUACUCCACAGAGGCGGGGCAGUCCGACAGUUGAGGUUACGAUCAGCUUCUCCGGGGGUCUUGCAGGAGGAGGGGGGACCGUCGGCAGCAGCAGUGGAGGGGGAGAUGGCAGUGGAGGGGGGAUUGGCGGACACGACGAUUGCAGGAGUGGUGGACCAGAUAGCUGUAGCAGCAGCGACUUCAUUGCUAGAGGAGCUGGCAACUUCAGUGUUGGCGGAGGAGGCACCAGCGCCAAGGCGAGCAGAUGCAGUGGAGGGGCAGGCAGGAGCAGCUGGAGGAGCAGCGGGAGGAGCAGCUGGAGGAGCAACUGCACUGGAUGGGCUUGUGGCUGCAGCAGCAGGAGCAGCUGGAGGAGCAGAUGCAGUGGAGGGGGGAGUGCCAGGAGCAGUGGAGGAGAUAGGGGCACAGGCGGAGGUGUCGCGUGGGGGCGGCGACGAGCGCCUCAUGCAGCAGUUCCUCACGGAGCAGUACGAUCCGGUCAUGGCGGGAAUGACUCCAGCUGUGGCGAGGGGGUUGGGGAUCUCGGAUUUGCAGAUGGGGAGCCACCUGGACUUCGAUAUGUCGAUGGGCCUUCCACCUAGUUGCGGCGGGGCGACAUCGACGGAUCGCGCUCCAUCGAGGGACGACGCGGCUGGAGAGAGUCACACGCA